GUCAAAAUUCCUGCUGUCUACUUUUGUCUCUACGUGGAGGAGGCAGGGCUGCAAAGCUGGACGCUGUCUGGAAUUUCUGUAGCACCGACAUCUCGCACCUUCCUCCGACUGACCACGGCUGGUCACUCUCAAAAAAAUGUCCGUAAAAAUAACGCAAGAUGAGGCGGAGGAGAUGAGGGCGAUGUUCGACAGCAUUGAUCUGGACAAAAAUGGAUAUAUUUCUGAUAAUGAGCUUGGCGAGCUUCUUACACAGAGCGGCCACCCCCAACCAGGAUACAUGAUCCGGGAAAUCCUGCAGAAACUCGACCGCAACAAGGACAACAAAAUCAGUUUUGACGAGUUUUUGUCGAUCGUCAAGGAGCUGAAGGGCAGUCAAGUUGCAAAAACAUUCCUCAAGGCCAUCAACAAAAAAGAGGGCAUCCUGGCGAUUGGCGGGACAUCGGAGCUGUCGAGCGAAGGCACACAACACUCGUACUCCGAGGAGGAACGAUACGCUUUUGUGAACUGGAUCAACACAGCUCUGGAAAAGGAUCCCGACUGUCAACAUGUCCUGCCCAUGGAUCCCAACACAGACGCUCUGUUCAAGACUGUGGGAGACGGCAUUGUGCUCUGCAAAAUGAUCAACCUGUCAGUGCCAGACACCAUCGACGAGAGAACAAUCAAUAAGAAGAAGCUGACCCCGUUUACAACACAGGAAAACCUGAACCUGGCUCUGAACUCUGCGUCUGCCAUCGGCUGCCACGUGGUGAACAUCGGCGCUUUGGACCUGAAAGAAGGGAAGCCCCAUCUGGUGCUGGGCCUCCUGUGGCAGAUCAUCAAGAUUGGCCUCUUUGCCGACAUCGAGCUCAGCAGAAAUGAAGCGCUUGCUGCCUUGCUGAGGGACGGGGAAACCCUGGAGGACCUGAUGAAGCUGUCGCCGGAGGAGCUGCUGUUGCGCUGGGCCAACUUUCACCUGGAGAACGCUGGCUAUCCAAAGAUCAACAACUUCAGUUCAGACAUCAAGGACUCAAAGGCCUAUUUCCACCUUCUGAAUCAAAUCUCCCCUAAAGGCACAGAGGAGAAUCAGCCACGCAUCGACAUCAACAUGGCAGGCUUCAACGAGAAAGACGACUUGAAGAGGGCAGAAGCUAUGCUGCAGCAGGCCGACCGGCUCGGCUGUCGACAGUUUGUCACCCCGACUGACGUCGUCAGCGGGAACCCCAAACUCAACCUUGCCUUCGUGGCCAAUCUGUUCAACAAAUACCCAGCGCUGAAAAAACCGGAGAACGAGGACAUCGACUGGGACCUUCUGGGGGAUGGUGAGACGAGAGAAGAGAGAACAUUCAGAAACUGGAUGAACUCCCUCGGCGUGAGCCCCACUGUGAACCAUCUGUAUGUAGAUUUGCAGGAUGCCAUGGUCAUCCUUCAGCUCUACGAGAGAAUCAAAGUGGAGGUAGAUUGGAACAACAAGGUCAACAAGCCGCCUUAUCCCAAACUGGGAACAAAUAUGAAAAAGUUGGAGAAUUGUAACUACGCAGUGGAGCUGGGCAAAACAACCAAGUUUUCUCUUGUUGGCAUCGGCGGGCAGGACUUGAACGAUGGCAAUCCUACCCUGACUCUGGCACUGGUGUGGCAGCUCAUGAGGAGAUACACAUUGAAUGUACUGGAGGAACUGGGUGAUGGAGAAAAAGUAAAUGAUGACAUCAUUGUAAGAUGGGUGAACAAAACAUUGGCAGAGGCUGGAAAAUCUACCAAGAUUUCAAGUUUUAAGGACAAGGAGAUAAGCAGCAGUCUGGCAGUGCUGGAGCUGAUUGAUGCCAUUCAACCUGGGAGCAUCAACUUUGACCUGGUUAAAACCGGCAAACUCUCUGAAGACGACAAACUGGACAAUGCCAAAUAUGCCAUUUCUAUGGCGAGGAAGAUCGGCGCUCGCGUCUACGCCCUGCCAGAGGACCUGGUGGAGGUCAAGCCAAAAAUGGUGAUGACGGUCUUUGCCUGCUUGAUGGGACGAGGGAUGAAGCGCGCCUAAGCGAGCUGCUCGGAUCACAGGGACACUUAAC